AUGGCCACUGCUAUUUUACCAAAUUACGGCUUGCACAAAAAUGUCGAUGAUCAACAACAACUCGAAGAUUUCUGUCUUAUCUGGCUCGAUGAUAGUGCAAACGCCAAAGAUAAUCGAGACACAGAACAAAAAUUACGUUCUAUCAUUAAUACUCUCAGAAAGUUUCAAGAUGUAAAACACUGUCAAAAAUUUAUUGAAGAACGAUCACAAAAUAACCGAGUAGUCAUGAUUGUUAGUGGCCGAUUGGGACGAGAAAUAGUGCCUUCUAUUCACAAAAUUCGACAAAUUAUAUCAAUCUAUGUGUAUUGCAUGGAUAAAGAGAGAAACAAACAAUGGGCUGUCAAUUUCCCAAAAAUAAAAGCUGUUGUUGUUGAACUUGAUGAACUCGUAUCUCGAAUUAAAGCUGAUUAUAAAAUUCAAAAGAGCGUAGAAGAACCAUUUUCAAUCAAUACUUUCACUAUAGGUUCUGGGGCAGGUACAUCUACAACCGGUGUUAAUGGUCAAUUUGUUUUUUCUCAAGUUCUAAUUGAUUGUCUUCUGCGAUUAAAAUACACUUCAACAGAUAAAAAAGAACUUAUUGAUUUUUGUCAACAGCAAUAUGAAAGUAAUAGGAACGAACUGAGCAAUCUUCGUGAAUUUGAUCAAGAUUAUUCAUCUAAGAAGGUCUUAUGGUGGUAUACACGAGAAUCAUUCUUUUACAAGAUUCUUAAUGCAGCUCUACGUAAACAAAAUAUUCACUUAAUUUUUUUAUUUCGUAAAUUUAUCCAUGAUAUAUAUCGUCAAUUAAAAAGGGAUCAAGCUCAACAUCGUCUACGAGUUUAUCGAAGCCAAAGGAUAUCAAGUGAUGAAUUGAUAACUUUGAGACAAUGCCGUGAUCAGUUUAUUUCAGUGAAUUCAUUUUUUUCCACCAGUACUAACAAACAAAAAGCUCUUUCAUUUCUCAAGAUUUCUGAUGGUGCAGACAAUGCAGAAUCAUUAUUAUUUGAAAUCGAUGCUGAUCCUAAGAUGGUCACUACAAAACCAUUUGCUGACGUCAGUGCAUAUAGUGAUUAUAAAGACGAAUCUGAAGUGCUCUUUAUGCUUGGUUCUAUUUUUCGAUUGAACAGUGUCGAACGCAACAAGAAUGAUCAAGUAUGGAACAUUCAAAUGACUUUAUGGAAUGAUGAUGAACAUGAUUUAAAACAGGUUCUCAUGGAUAUGAAAGAGCAAUUUGUGAGUGAAGAAACAAAUCUUCAAGUAUUAGGGAAAAUAUUAUGGGAAAUGAGUCAAUUUGAUCUAGCUGAAAAAUACUUUAUUCGCUUAUUAGAACAACUUCCACCCAACGAUCCGCUACGCAUGGAUUUAUAUCAAGAUCUUGGCAAACUUGCAUCAAAUGCCGGUAACUUGGACAAGAGUAUGGAAUGGCGCCAAAAAGCAAUUGCAUUGAAGAAACAAAAUCCAUCAAUAACUUCUUCCAGCAUUAGUAAACCGAAGAAUUCUAUUGGAGAAGCUCGUUCAAAAUCAUAA